AUGUCCAAACCCAGCGGCCACGCCUCCCCCACAACAGUCGUAGCAGUCGUCCUCAGCUUCACAUUCACAGCUCUAACCUGCGUCCUCCUCCGACUCUGGACACGCCUGGGAAUCGUGCAUCAAGCCGGCUGGGACGAUUUUGUCGUAACCUUAGCAAUGGCCUUCACGACAGUUUUUACCAUAUGUAUUUUAAAUCAAGUACAUUUUGGACUGGGGAGACAUCAGAGUAGUUUGACGGAGGUGCAGGAGAGGAGGUUGUUGAUUUGGUUUUGGAUCUCCGUCUGGAAUUACUACUUCGGUCUAGGACUGGCCAAACUGUCCAUUGUCUUACAAUGUCUUCGAAUUUUCGGCCAUAUUCCGAAAUUCCGCAAGAUUUCGAUUGUGUUGUUUGGAAUCAUGUUUGUAUUUAUGUGGUGGACGGUAUUGGCGACCAUGUUUAUGUGUACGCCCGUAUCACAUUUUUGGGAACCGGAGAAGAAGGGAGGGAAAUGUUUGCCGAGGUUGCCUUUGUGGUUCUUCAACUCCUCCUUCAACAUAGCAACCGACAUAGCAACCGCCCUCCUCCCCCUCCCCGUAACAAAAUCCCUCAACCUCCCCAAACGCCAACGCUACAUUCUCAUGUCCGUCUUCGGUCUCGGCGGAAUCAUCUGUCUCAUCUCCAUCAUCCGCUUCCACUCCUUAUACGCCAUCGCCAUCUCCGACGAUCCCAGCUGGGACAACCCGUUGGCAGCACUCUGGGCAGUAUUAGAAGCCACCGUGGGAAUUAUCGCGAGUUGUCUACCCACGCUCAAAGGGCUUCGGGUUCUCGAGGAGGAGGAGGAGGAGGAGAUGUGGAGUUGA